GUCGCGCAUGCGCCCUACGUCCUUAUGCCUUGCGUGAGGCGGCGGCUGGGUACCGCCAUUUUGGCCGGUAGCCGUAAGAACACGCGUGAGAUUGAGAAGUGGAGGCAAGAGCUGAUUUGGCCUCUGCGCUCCCCUCUGCGAGGGGAUCGUUUUCUCCAGGAGAACUGGAUAUUCUUACUUCCUUAUAAUUAUGGCGGACAAAUUAACAAGAAUUGCUAUUGUCAACCAUGACAAAUGUAAACCUAAGAAAUGUCGGCAAGAGUGCAAAAAGAGUUGCCCUGUGGUUCGAAUGGGAAAAUUAUGCAUUGAGGUUACACCCCAGAGCAAAAUAGCAUGGAUUUCGGAAACUCUUUGUAUUGGUUGUGGUAUUUGUAUUAAGAAAUGCCCCUUUGGCGCCUUAUCAAUUGUCAAUUUACCAAGCAACUUGGAAAAAGAAACAACACAUCGAUAUUGUGCCAAUGCCUUCAAACUUCACAGGUUGCCUAUUCCUCGUCCAGGUGAAGUUUUGGGAUUAGUUGGAACUAAUGGUAUUGGAAAGUCAACUGCUUUAAAAAUUUUAGCAGGAAAGCAAAAGCCAAACCUUGGAAAGUAUGAUGAUCCUCCUGACUGGCAAGAGAUUUUGACUUACUUCCGUGGAUCUGAAUUGCAAAAUUAUUUUACCAAAAUUCUAGAAGAUGAUCUUAAAGCCAUUAUCAAACCUCAGUAUGUAGACCAGAUUCCCAAGGCUGCAAAGGGGACAGUGGGGUCUAUUUUAGAUCGAAAGGAUGAAACAAAGACACAAGCAAUUGUAUGUCAACAGCUUGAUUUAACCCACCUAAAAGAACGAAAUGUUGAAGACCUUUCAGGAGGAGAGUUGCAAAGAUUUGCUUGUGCUGUCGUUUGCAUACAGAAAGCUGAUAUUUUCAUGUUUGAUGAACCUUCCAGUUACCUAGAUGUCAAACAGCGUUUAAAGGCUGCUAUUACUAUACGAUCGCUAAUAAAUCCAGAUAGAUACAUCAUUGUGGUGGAGCAUGAUCUAAGUGUAUUAGACUAUCUCUCUGACUUCAUCUGCUGUCUAUAUGGUGUACCAAGUGCUUAUGGUGUUGUCACUAUGCCUUUUAGUGUAAGAGAAGGUAUCAACAUUUUUUUAGAUGGUUAUGUUCCAACAGAAAACUUGAGAUUCAGAGAUGCAUCACUUGUUUUUAAAGUGGCUGAGACAGCAAAUGAAGAAGAAGUUAAAAAGAUGUGUAUGUAUAAAUAUCCAGGGAUGAAGAAAAAGAUGGGAGAGUUUGAAUUAGCAAUUGUAGCUGGAGAGUUUACAGAUUCUGAAAUUAUGGUGAUGCUGGGUGAAAAUGGCACCGGUAAAACGACAUUUAUCAGAAUGCUUGCUGGAAGACUUAAACCUGAUGAAGGAGGAGAAGUGCCAGUUCUAAAUGUCAGUUAUAAGCCACAGAAGAUCAGUCCCAAAUCAACUGGAAGUGUUCGCCAGUUACUACAUGAAAAGAUAAGAGAUGCUUACACUCAUCCACAGUUUGUGACUGAUGUGAUGAAGCCUCUUCAGAUUGAAAACAUAAUUGAUCAAGAGGUGCAGACAUUAUCUGGUGGUGAACUGCAACGAGUAGCUUUAGCUCUUUGUUUGGGAAAACCUGCUGAUGUCUAUUUAAUUGAUGAACCAUCUGCCUAUUUGGAUUCUGAACAAAGACUGAUGGCAGCUCGAGUUGUCAAACGUUUCAUACUUCAUGCUAAGAAGACAGCCUUUGUUGUGGAACAUGACUUCAUCAUGGCUACCUAUCUAGCAGAUCGAGUCAUCGUUUUUGAUGGUGUUCCAUCUAAGAACACAGUUGCAAACAGUCCUCAGACCCUUUUGGCUGGCAUGAAUAAAUUCCUGUCUCAGCUUGAAAUUACAUUCAGAAGAGAUCCAAACAACUAUAGGCCACGAAUUAAUAAACUCAACUCAAUUAAGGACGUGGAACAAAAGAAGAGUGGAAAUUACUUUUUCUUGGAUGAUUAGACUCAAUCUUGAGAAUAUCUACAAGCCAUUUAUUAAAAGAAACUUACUGAAAACUUUUAAUCAGGUUUAAUG